UCCCGUUUUACACUCUCUCAUACUUAAAAGCUCUUCUUUCAUCUACUUCUUCAUCUUCUCCCCCAAAGCUCUUUCUUUUUUCUUAUUACUUUUUAAUAAAUAUAUAUAAGCUUCCUCAUUUUUAUGUUCUCUGCUUAUUCUACUCUCAGUUAAAAGUCUCAUCUUCCUUUCCUCUUUGGUAGGUCUGGGUUUGAGUUGUUGGUGAGGGUUUAAACAGUGUGUUUCUCUCUCUCACUUCAAGUUUCAUCUGUUUUGUAUCUCUGGGGAGGUGGAUUUUGAGUUCUUAGAGAGAUGGGUGGUCCAUUAGGGGCAAUUUUAGGGAGAUAUCCAAAAUCAUCAACUACAUCAGAUGAUGGAGAUGCUCAGAUGCGUGGGAUCAUUAAGGGAAAUAGAAAGUGUAGAGAUAUAGUGUUUCUUGUUCUUUUUAUUGCAUUUUGGAUUGCUAUGAUUGUUAAUUCCAGCUUUGGAUUUAACCAAGGAAACCCAUUAAGACUGAAUUAUGGUCUGGAUUACAAAGGAAAUGUUUGUGGGAACAAGCAUGGGAAUCCUGAUCUUCGUGAAUUGCAAAUUAAAUACUGGGUAAACUCAAAUCAAGUAUAUGAAAGUGGUCUAAAGAACAGCCAAUUUAAGCUAGCUGACGCGAGGAGCAUUUGCUUGAUGGAGUGCCCGUAUCCAUCUGAAGACUCUAACUCUCUUAAUUGGGUCUGUGACUAUCCGGAAGGAGAAAUGGCAGAUAAGGACUCGAUGGAUGUCUGGAUUAAUAAAAAUUAUGACUAUUACGAGGAUCUUACUCCGGAAAUGAGGAACAGCUCCCUUCAGCUUCAAGGUCCUUGCUAUCCUGUCAUAUUUCCAAGUGUAAAUGUUCAUUGGAGUUGCCAAUUUAUUGCACGCCCAUCAAACGCGUCUUUAAUGAAAUGGCAGCAGAUGGGUGGAGUAAGCAUCAAUCAGUCAAUCAUAAUAGAUAAGGCUAUCCACAGGUCCAUCAAUUCUAGAUCGGCCGUCUUAAAGAGAUAUGUAGCUGAUGUUGGAAAGUCAUGGGGAGUAUUGAUUGUUUGCGGAGGCAUCCUGCCACUUUUUUUGUCAGUUUUCUGGUUGUUGAUGAUUCAGUAUUUUGUUGCUGCAAUGACAUGGAUAACAGUUGCAGUCUUUAAUGUUCUUAUCAUAUCGGUCACAAUGUUUUACUACUUAAAAGCUGGAUGGAUUGGGAAUGAUGCAAUCACCCCUAUCAUUGGUGAGGAUGAUCCCUACAUUCAUGUAUCUGGAAGGGAACAAAAUCACAUCAGGGCAGCUGCUGUUUUUAUGACCAUUGUAAUGGCCAUUUCGGUACUGUCGUCUCUGGCUAUUAUCCGAAGGAUCCUAAUGGCAACAUCUGUACUGAAGGUUGCUGCAAAGGUCAUUGGAGAAGUUCAAGCACUGAUAAUAUUCCCUAUCAUGCCGUAUACUCUCCUUGCAAUAUUCUACAUGUUCUGGUUUUCAGCAGCUCUUCAUUUAUUUAGCUCCGGUCAGAUCCUCCAGAAUGACUGCAAAUCUGAUUGUUGUGCCUAUGACCUCAAAUCUAAAAAAGUAAUGUGUGAUAGAUGCUGCGGUUACAGCAUCCAUUAUACUCCUCAUAUUGCUAUUGCCAUCUUAUUUCAUCUGUUUGGCUGCUACUGGGCCACACAGUUUUUCAUCGCCUUUUCUGCAACUGUUAUUGCGGGUUCUGUGGCUUCAUAUUAUUGGGCUCGUAAUCAAACGUCGAAAGAGAUUCCAUUUCUUCCAGUAUUUUCAUCAAUGAAACGGCUGAUGCGUUACAAUUUGGGAUCUGUGGCCAUUGGCUCUUUGAUUGUAUCGUUCAUUGCUUCAGUCCGCUAUGUGCUUGAAUCAAUUCGUCGCAAGCUGAAGGGUGGUGAUUCCACAUAUGAAACAUCAUGGAUUGGUAAAGUGAGAUCUGGUUCUUCUGGUUGCUGCCUUGGGUGUAUCAAUUGGACUGUCAGAUCUGUUAACCGCAAUGCCUAUAUAAUGAUUGCGAUAACUGGAAAGAGCUUCUUUAGAUCUUCUGCAAUUGCUACAGGACUGAUUAUGGAUCAUAUUCUUCGAAUUGGGAGGGUGAAUGUCAUUGGUGAUGUCAUUCUUUUCCUAGGGAAGUUGUGCGUCAGUCUCGCGAGUGCCCUAUUUGCGUUCUUGAUGUUGGAUACUCACAAAUACAAAUCUGCACAUAACAAAAUCUCUUCUCCACUAUUCCCAGUUUUGGUCACUUGGUGUCUGGGUUAUGUUGUUGCUUCUCUUUUCUUUGCUGUGGUGGAGAUGUCAAUUGAUACGAUAAUUCUAUCAUUCUGCCAAGAUUCGGAGGAACAUCAAGGAACUGCUCAAUACGCUCCCCCGCUUCUAAUGGAAACACUUAACGAGCAAAAUGAGGUGCAGAGACUCACCCAGGGAUUCUCUUGAAAGACCACUUCGGUGUCUCUUCUGUCUCCAACAUUUGUUCCAACCCCUUUCUAGAAAGCUUGGGAUUGUAAUCAGGCCAUGUUGUAUAUAUAGUAGCGAAUGAUAUACAAAUCCAGUGUCCAGUGAAGGACAUGGUAGUUUUGGCUAAUGAGUAACGGUACUGUUUUACUAAUUCAAAAUUCUACUAUCUCCUCUUGUUUACUUA